AUCCAUUAGUAACGGCCACGAAGAGAUUUAAGUGAUGUUACUUUUUAGUGCCAAUUGCUACCUAAGAGAAAUGUAUACGUUUUGUAAGUUGCCUUUUACCAUUACGACAAUAGAGCUGUAAUAGAUUGAAAAUGAAUUUGACAUUCAAGAAUUUGCAGCAACAAAAGUUUGUAAUUUCUGACGUUUCCUCAGAUACAAAAAUUUCAGAGUUGAAAGAACGCAUUCAGAAUCAACAAAGUUAUGAAGUUGAAAGGCAAAAAUUAAUUUAUUCUGGUCGCAUUUUGGCUGACGAAAAAACCGUCGGUGAAUACAACAUUAAGGAACAAGAUUUUAUUGUUUGCAUGGUUGCUCGCCCCAAGCCUUCAUCAUCUACUUCACAAAAGUCGACCCCUACUGCUACUACAACUAGUACUCCUGCCCCUGCAGCUACUUCUACUACUCCUCAACAAGCUACUGAAAGUCCUGCUCCUACAACUGCCCCUUCCUCUGUUCCUGCCGCUGAUGUAUCAGCUACACCUUUGGAUUCUAAUCUAUUGGCAGUAGGCGCACAAAGAAAUGUUGCUGUGGAAAACAUGGUUGAAAUGGGUUAUGAGCGUAGUCAAGUUGAGCGUGCCAUGCGUGCUGCAUUCAACAAUCCUGACCGUGCUGUUGAAUACUUAUUGACUGGCAUUCCUGAGAACAUUUUGAGCAGUCAAGCUCAAGAACAAGCAGCUGCCGCUGCUGAACAGCAACAGCAACAACAACCUGCAUCUGGUGCUCCUUCUGCUUCUCCUGCAUCCGGAAAUCUUUUUGAACAAGCUGCCGCUAUGUCUAAUGAGGAAGAGCAACCUGCUCCUAACACAGCUGGUGAUCCUUUGGGAUUCCUUCGAAAUAUCCCACAAUUCCAACAACUUCGUCAAAUUGUCCAACAGAAUCCACAGAUGCUCGAAACCAUUUUACAACAGAUUGGUCAAGGUGAUCCCGCCCUUGCUCAAGCCAUCACUCAAAACCCCGAAGCUUUUCUCCAAUUGUUAGCUGAAGGUGGUGAUGGAGAAUCUCCUUUCCCUUCUGGUGGCAUUCAAAUUGAAGUCACUCCCGAAGAAUCACAAGCCAUUGAUAGAUUAUCCCAACUUGGUUUUGAUAGAAAUAUAGUAAUCCAAGCCUAUCUUGCUUGUGAUAAGAAUGAGGAGCUGGCUGCUAAUUACCUCUUUGAGCAUGGUCAUGAAUCUGACGGUGAUGCAUAAAAAUUCUUGUUCACAAAGUUUUUGAUCAUUGAUGGGUUGGUGUAAAAAUAUAUAAAGAUCAUUAUUUUGUAGUAAUGUGUUAAGUAAUACCUACAAUGACAUCCCCAAUAUU